AUGACAUGUUCGGAACCUCUUCCCGCCAGGUCGCUAAGAGUGAACCCCGAGGCUCCCGACCAGCAGAGCACCGUAGGGCAAUCCUCCACGGCGGCCCUGCCCAUCAUCCCAGAGUCCUCUCCAGACCCUCAUCAGCUGUCGCACCCGACCCUGCAGACCAGCCAGCAUGCCGCAUUGUCUGGCGGACGUCCCGCAUCGCUGCAACAACACGCGGCGGCUGUGGGCGCCGGUUUCAGACAAGGACUACCGUCCUGGCUCCAGGAACCCAUAUCGCAAACCCAACUGCAGCAACAGCAGCAGCAGCAAUUACAGGCAGUGAUGCGGCAACAGUACCACGAUCUACAGGGCCAGCUCUCAGCCCAGGCCCAGCUGCAAUCACAGCACCACCACCAACAACAACGCCUCCAACGCCAACACCAGCAUCCGCAACAACAACAACAACAACAACAGCAACAGCUACCGAAAAGGUCACCGUUUCUGCCUGCCAGCCAGGCACCCCGCAAGCCAUUCACCCCCCAGGUAGCCGUCGAUUCCGGCGCCAUGGAGGCCGUCGCUGCCGCCGCGCAGCAAUCAAGUCUCGCCAGAUCCCUGCCAGCUGGAGGCAGCUACUUUACGGGUCAAGCCAUGGCAAUGCCGUACCCUGCCGGCGUGCCACGGGCGGCGGGCGGCUACGCCCCCGGUCAUGGCUUGGGAGGAGGAACCGGCCCCGGGCCGGGGCCAGGGCUGGGAUUCGGGCAAAGGCCGGGGUCCGCCCCGUUCCGUCAGGACUCCCCGGAUGAUCCCGGGGUUUUGUCCGACACGCCCACACGCGGUGCUCCGGGCCGGGGCCGCAGCGGCAUACCCCGUGUUGCCAGCAUCAGCGAGAUAGAGCCUGUCGUGGAGUCUGACGAGGUCCCCCGCCAGCGCCUGAGCAGCAGCCUGUUGACCCGGGCCAUAAGCAUCCCCAACGCCCAGGGAGCGGACCGUCCCCGGACGUACCGGGUGGCUCUGGCCAAAAGCCAAGCAGUGGCCGGCGGUGGCAUGGGCCGGGGUUUCGGCGGCAUGGUUAGCCCGGACGUCAGCGUGCAUGAUGCGGACACACAGCCCUUUGCGGGUCGGGACAGGUACUACAAAUACGGCAGAUGUGGCGGCGGAGGCGGCAGCGAGGUGCCCACUCUCUUCGGCAGCCUCCCCGCCGCGUCCUCACUGCUGCGAUCCCGUGCGAACGCCUCCGCCGGAUCCAUCCUCACCAAGGCCACGGGUGGACUGAACACACCAACCACGAAGGCAAUAAAACGCUCCACGAGCUACCAGCAGUUUGGCGGCGCCGCCGCGCUGACGAUCGGCGGCGGUGGUGGCGGCGGUGGCGGUGGCGGUGGUGGUGGUGGUGGCGGCUCUGACCUGCCGUCAUCGGCCUCCGCCGCGGGACAUCGGGGCCAUCGCCGACCGCGUACCUCCGCCAACUGCGGCAGCGACAGCAGCGGUGCAUGCACAAGCACGAGUGCGAGCUUGGGUGGCGGGUUGGGGUACUGGUUGCGUGGCGGCGGAGCCGCCGCCGCCGCCGCCGCCGCCUCCGGCAGCCGCGGUGGUGGAGCUGGCUCGGAUAGCGACGGUGCGGUGGUGGGCCCAGUUCCCGCGCCGAUUUCUCGGAGGGGGGCGGAACCAGAUCUGGCGGACUUGGCAGUGCUGGCGACCAGCUUGCCGGCGAGUUUAGGCACUUGGAGCCUGCCACGUAGCGUGGCCCUGGCCUCCAGCCCCACAGGCACGGCCGCAGCAGCCGGCAGUAGCAGUGUCCGCGGAGGCAUGGCCUUCUUCGGCGGUGGCGCCGCCGCUAACGGCCGCGGCGUCCUCAGCCGAACAAACAGCUGCAACAGCGGCUCCGUCAGCGUUGGCGGCGGCGGCGGCGGCGGUGGGAGUGCCGCCGCCGGGCCCUCUGGCGGGUUCCCCAUCUGUCUGAUCUGUCUGGAGGUCCUGACCCCGGAGGAUUUCGAGAGCGGCGACGCCAUCUCACUUCAGUGCGCCUGCAAGGGGGAGAUGUCGCUGCGGCACCGCAAAUGCGCCAUUGAGUGGAGCCACCACAAGGGUGACGUCAUUUGCGACAUCUGCAAGCAGGGCAUAGCCAACUUGCCGCCAAUUCCGCCGGAGAUACUCGCCGCGCGGGAGGCAGCGAGGCGCCGCCGCCAGCCCGCCUUCAACACAGCCGCCGAACCCAACUUUGCGGACUUUUGCUUCGACUGCAUCCGCGCCACCUGGGUCACCACGAUUGUGUGCGUGCUGUUCUUCGACGUGAGCGUCGGCCAGGCCUUCACGAUUGGUUCCGUGGUGGGGAUAGCCUUUAUGCUGGUCAGCAUGGCGAUUGCCGCGUGCGCGCGCCGCGCUCGGGCGCUGGUGGCGGCGCGCGCCGUCGAGCGCGCCGCAGCAGAGAGCCGCGCACAGGAGCAGCAGCAGCGGCAGCUACAACAACAGCAGAGGCGGCAACAGCAACAGUAUGCUGGGUCUGGGGUCAUGAUUUGCGCCGGCGGACAGUCGGUGCCGCAGUCGCAUGGUGGUGUAGCUCGCCGGCCGGGUAAGUAA